AACGUAGCCUUAUAACUUUCACUUUAUAAAUGUUAUAACCUGUUCAACUUGCUCGUUCCCGUCCCCUGGCCCUUGAAAGCUUUUUAAGCCAUAGACAUAUUUUUCUUACAAUGCCUACAAACGGCGAGAAAUACACGUUUGCUAAUUUAAUAAGCGAAAUUAGAUACGAAAAACUUCAUCGAUCUUAUGAUAUUGCCCUGAGGACAGUGCAAAUUGUAGAGGAGAUUAUAACAGAUGAAGAAUGGAAAACAGCUCAAGAGCUUAUAAACAUUAUUAAGGAACAACUUAAUCUCAUCACUGAAACACUACCUUUUGCCACAAUCCCCACAAAUGUAAUAAGACACAUUCUAAAACUGAUCAGGGAAAUCUACACAACAACCUACAAUGCUGAGAAGCAUAAGCAGGCACAGAGAAUUAAUGAUUUGCAGCAGUCAUUGCAUCAUCUAGUUACAGCCCAUUCAACUGACAGUAUGGGUAAUUUUAAUCAAGAGCUGGUUUCUUUAAGGAGCAGUUUAAAGGACCACUUGUCAGAAUACAAGGUGGAGCUUGAAACAGCUGCUUCCAAUAUAGCUGAACAAGCCUCUGAGCAUAUUCAUUCUAAUGAAAUAAUUUUAACUGUGGGCAAAUCAAAUUUGGUAACAAGAUUUUUGAAGAAUGCAGCCAAGACAAGAAAUUUUCAAGUUAUUGUUGUAGAAAAUGCACCAGAUUAUAAACAGGGCCAAAUGAUGGCAACUGAAUUGGCAAAUGGUAAAAUUCAUACUACUGUUGUGCCUGACAGUGCUGUAUUUGCUAUUAUGUCCAGGGUGAAUAAAGUCAUCAUUGGCGUGCAUUCAAUUAUGGCUAAUGGUGGAUUGAGGGCUUCAAGUGGAGUGCAAUCUGUUGCACUGGCAGCUAAGGAAUGUUCAGUACCAGUAAUGGUUUUGUCACAUUUAUACAAGCUAACACCACAAUAUGUGUGUUCCUAUGAGCAGGAAGCCUUUAAUAAUAUAGCAUCACCUUCAUAUGUUCUGCCAUAUUCGAGUGGUAAAGUGCUUGAUGUUGCACAUGUUUAUAAUCCAGUAUUUGACUAUGUGCCACCUGAGUUGGUUACUUUGUUUAUAACCCAUCAAGGUGGCAACGCAACUUCUUAUGUCUAUCGAUUAUUAUCGGAGUUGUACCAUCCUGAUGAUUAUCAGUUAUAAUUUGUUAAAAUUAUUGCAGUAAUAAAAAGGUGAACAGUU